AGUCAGAUUGUCAGGAGGGUAAAAUGGAAAUUACAUUUGAAAAGGUGCAUCCUUUGAUAAAUAGUAAAGUAACAUACAUCGUUUAAUAAAUUUAAAACUUUAGGUGCAUGGGAUAAAUUGUCGAUAAAUUAUCGUAACCAAUUCUUUCUCAUAAAAAAAAAUUAAUAUAGUAAAAUAGUAACAUACCUAAAACCUUAGGUUAUAAACAAUAAAUAAUAUUUUUAAAAUUGAUCCUCUAGAAAGUUUAUAUAUUAUGAAAAACAAAAAAUAAUUAAUUAUGACUUUAUAAAAUAAUAAGACAAAAUAGUAACAUAGAGUUUAACAAAAGAGCUUUUAGUUAUAUAACAGAUUUAUUGUAUAUAUAAAAAAAGUAAUACGACAACAUAAUAGCAUAGAGUUUAACAAAAGAACGUUGAAUUCUACAUUCCCACGUGCUUAUCACGUGCGAGCUCAGGAUAUAAAGCCAAAAGAGAAGCUUUGUUGCUUCAUCAUCUUCUGCAUUCAUGGGAAUGCUCCCGGCCAAAUCCUAUCCAACUCUGUGCCACUACCCUUCGUCCUCUCCCUCCCUCUCCAAGCGCCAAAACCCUAAUCCCAGAUCCCUUCUCCCCCGUAUCCCACCUCUGGGUGCCCAAUCCCUAUUCCUCCUGGAAAAUUCUACGCCAAGAUUGGUUUUUGGGAUGAAGCCUACGACUUUGCCGCUGGAGAAGAGGCGUCUCCUCCACACAUGCCGAGAUUCCAUCGAAAGGGAGGAUUUCGAAGCGAGUGUCGAGGAGAAGGAGAAGAAUAUGGUGGAGAGGACUGCGGAUGGCGGUGCGAGUGCCAGUGAUUGGAUUACCUCCGUUCUGCUCUUUGGGCUGUGGGCAGGGCUCAUGUACUAUGUCUUCCAGCUCGCGCCCAACCAAACGCCGUACAGGGAUAUGUAUUUCUUGCAAAAGCUAUUUUUUCUAAAAGGAGAUGAUGGUUUUGUGAUGAACCGAGUUCUUGUGGCCGUGUGGUGGAUGAUGGGUCUGUGGCCCCUUGUGUAUAGCAUGUUGUUGCUUCCUACUGGAAGAAGUUCAAGAAGCAAAGUUCCUGUCUGGCCGUUCCUAGUUGCUUCAUUCUUUGUCGGUGCUUAUGCUCUGAUUCCUUAUUUCGUUCUUUGGAAGCCUCCGCCACCAGCUGUUGAAGAAGAGGAGCUCACUAAUUGGCCUCUAAACUUUCUAGACUCGAAGGUCACUGCCAUGAUUACAAUUAUUGCAGGUUUGGGUCUGAUUGUAUAUGCCGGUUUAGCUGAUGGAGCAGUGUGGAUGGAGUUCUACCAAUACUGCAGAGAAAGCAAGCUUAUUCAUGUCACAGUCAUCGACUUCUUAUUAUGCACCGCCUUCGCGCCAUUUUGGGUGUAUAAUGACACGACUGCUAGGGGAUGGAUGAACAAAGGCUCCUGGCUUUUGCCAAUUGCGCUGAUUCCAUUAGUCGGACCGGCAUUGUAUGUUCUAUUGCGCCCUCCUCUGGCAGCACUCCCCAUGUUUACCUCUUCCACCAGCACAAAGAGUGACUAACUGCAAUCGAGUGUUGCAGUCUCUCGCUCCCUCUCUCGUCGGAUUUUGAUGUUGCGAAUCAGCGUCCAAGUGAGACAAGUUUAGCAAAAGUGAGAUCAAUAAAGUUUUAAAAUGUUCUGGUAAACUGUUUGAACACAAAUUUCAAAUGCAUCCAUCCAGUGAAUGUAAGUUGUACUCUGGAUUUAUCGAGUAGGCAAAUUAGAGAGAAGGUAGUCUGUCUUAGAAUUAAUAGGGCGAAACUUGAACAUCUUUAUUAUUAAAAAAAGUUUCAUUAUUAUUUUUGUAACAUAAUGAAUGGGUGAAUUUAUGGGAUUUA